GAGUGCAAGUGUCAAACUAUUAGGAACUGGGAGAUAAUAAUUACUAAUACUAAUCGUUAUUUUUAUCAACGUCGUUAUUAUUAAACAAGUUUAAAGCGCGAGUUAGUUUCACAAGUGAUGACUAUUAUUCUAUCAUCACGUAUUUUAUUGCGCGACUAUUAUUUCCAAUUUUAUCGUGUCGCUAUCAUUUCCAAUUACAAAUAGUUUUUUCAAGUAGUGUUUUUUGAAAGUGUUGUGCCAAGAUGCGUGCACUAAGUGCCAAUGAAGCCGGCAUGGAUGACAUGGCCGGGGCCCAGGACACGAUUUAUUUGUGCAACUUUCGUGUAUCGGUCGACGGCGAAUGGCUUUGCCUCAAAGAAUUGCAGGAUUUAGAUCUUCAGGAGUUAAGUCCAGAUCCUUCAUAUUCUGUUUCAGCACGCGAUCCUGCUGCAAUCGAAAGGAGCAAUCUAGUCAAUAUCUGCAAACUCGUCGUAAAAGAAUUGCUGGAGCAGUCGUUGCGUUAUGGCCGUAUGCUGGAUUCGGAUCAUUUGCCUCUGCAGCACUUUUUAAUUGUCUUGGAGCACGUACUGAGGCAUGGCCUGAAACCAAAAAAGGGACUGCUUGGUCCCAAAAAAGAAUUAUGGGACUUGCUCCAAAGCGUUGAAAAAUAUUGUCCGGAAUCUCAAGAUAUAACCUCAAGUGUCAGAGAUUUACCUACAGUUAGGACACAUAUGGGAAGAGCCCGUGCAUGGCUCAGGUUAGCACUUAUGCAAAAGAAAAUGGCAGAUUAUUUGCAAGCACUUGUCGAACAUCGUGACACUGCAUUGUCUGAAUAUUAUGAAUCGCAUUCACUGAUGAUGAGUGAUGAAGUUAUAGUUAUAAUGGGUUUGCUAGUAGGCCUGAAUGUCAUAGAUUGUAAUCUGUGUGUCAAAGGAGAAGAUUUAGAUUCCCAACAAGGUGUUAUAGACUUUUCACUUUAUUUACGAUCAAGUUCACGCUCUAGUCCAGAGGAAGACAUAAAUUUGGUUUCAGCUGAGAGCACAGGACAGAUGAAUGCAGUAUUAGACCAAAAAAAUUAUAUUGAGGAAUUAAAUAGGCAUUUAAAUGCUACAGUUGGAAACCUUCAAGCAAAAGUAGAAUCAUUAACAACUACGAAUGCAUUAAUGAAAGAGGAUUUAUCAAUUGCCAAAAGUGCUCUACUUGCAUUACAAACUGAAAAUAAAAUGCUACGGAGUAAUUCAGGUAAUAAAAAGGAUGCAAUAAAUGGUACAUCAGAUACUUGUAGUACAACUAGCAAACAAUCUAAUGAUGCAAAUGAACUUAUGGCUGAAAUAAGAAAACGGCAAGAAGUAGAAAAGGAACUUGAAUUGCAAAUGUGUUUAAAAGCUGAGACUGAAAUGGCUAUGAAAUUAUUGGAAAAAGAUAUUCAUGAGAAACAAGACACAAUAGUUUCCCUUCGAAGGCAGUUGGAAGAUAUUAAGCUUAUAAAUUUAGAAAUGUAUAAAAAAUUGCAGGAAUGUGACAGUUCAUUAAAACACAAGACAGAACUUGUAACGAAAUUAGAGGCUCAAAAUGAAUCACUGAAUGAUGCAAUACAACAGUUGCACAACAAAUACUCUACUGAGAAUUCAAGUUUAAGGACAUUGAAGGAGUCAUCGGAAGAACUAUCACAUAAGCUGUUGAAUGCAGAAUCAAAAACUUUAAAAGUUGAAUGUGAUUUGCGAAUAGAACGUGAAUGGAGGACAUGCUUGCAAGCAGAAAGUGUGGCAGAUAAAGAUAAAAUAGCUAAUUUGCAAGCACAGAUCAGAGAUUUACAAGAAUUAGCACAAAAAAAUAGACAGAUUGAGCAGGAGCUAACUUUAAUAAAGGAACAGUAUAAGGACUCUCAAAAAACUUUAGAAGAAAUCGGUUUUCAACUUAGUGUUUCGAAAUUGAAAUUAUCUGAUAUGCAAGAAGCCAAUCUGGCUAGUAGUAACGUUGACACAGUGUGGACACCAGAUAAAACUGCCUUAGAGUGUAAAGGAUGUUCGAAAGAAUUUUCUAUAACCAGGCGAAAGCAUCAUUGUCGUCAGUGCGGAAACAUAUUUUGUCACAACUGCUCUGACAAAGUUGCUGUUUUAGAAGAGAGCGGAAAUAAACCUGUAAGAGUAUGUGAUACAUGCUGGGAUAAUUUGCAAAUAUCCUAAGUUAUUGAUAUUUUU